UAAUAUUUCACGUAUCACGGAUCACCACUAGCGCUUUCUUUAGUUCACACGUUUAUUGUCAAAAAAGUGACGUUUAAUUUUUUUGCCUUUCGGUAAACCAAAAAAAAUAAAAGAUGCAGUGCCGACGAUGUGGCUGCAAAUGCAUAAGGACAUGCGAAUGCAAUUGCGAGUGCAAGAAAAAAAUAUGGCCCCCGGACGAGAUCCACCUGACUUUGUCCCCGUUCGACUACAAUAUGGAUGAACCGGUCGUUGUGAAAUUUUAUACAUCGAAUGCAAGAGUUUUUACAAGAACUUUUCCUGUACGGAGAAUUGCCAAGCAAAUACGUAGCGAACUAGAAGGAAUAUUUGGUAUCCCAGCCGAACAUUUAGUCAUAAGUUAUCAAGAUGUCGUCUUAGAGGAUGAAGCUAUGCUCAAAAGUUUGGUCAAGGACGAAGAAUUCAAAACGUUGGAGUUAAAAUUAGCUACUACUGAUCCUUGCAAAUACGUCAUCGACAUUCAGAAGGCUUAUCCGGAUGCGAUUAUCGUUCCAGAUAUUAUUACUGUCCAAUUUAAUGAUGGUGAUUAUGAUAAAGAAUUCGUGGUGGAAAUUGAGAAUAAGGCUGUACAAAAGCCAAUGUUGGGAGGCUAUAAGCACAUAAAAACGGGUGUGAAAUACUUUCACGGUUACUCCCAAACCGGUCCACCGCCUCCAAAAGUACCACCCGACCAACAACUCACCCGAGAUACUCAAACUUUCAUUUUGAGAAAUAGACUGCUAGGAAUGGCAUAUUCGCAAGCCACGCAAAUGGCGACUCGGGAACUAUAUAUACCGUGUGUAACGGAUAAAAUUUUGACCCCGGGACCUUACGAAACGGCCGAUGAAAGGGAGAAACGUUUGGACGUAAAAGGAAAAGUCAGAACUAUACAAAGAUACUACCGAGCUUGGAAGAUGCGCGUCGCUCUGAAAGAAUUAAGCCAAGAAUAUCAAAAGCGGAUGCGGCUAGCGCAAGAAUUGGAAGAGCAGGCUCAGAAAGAAGACGACAACAGGCGAAGAAAGGACAUGGUUAGCAAAAUUUUCCCGGUGACGCUCGCCGAUUUCGCGAUGCUUUUCACUAUGGUGGACAGGUGGAAGAAGAGUGAAAUAGCCAGGAUAAAUUCUAUGUAUUGCGGCGCUUCGAAAUUAGCCGAGCUGUAUUUGUUGUUGGAGAAAGAGGUCGAAAUGUUGAGGGGUAUCGAAAAUUUGAGGACCAAGGCGGCCAAAGAUAUGGAGUACAAGUAUAUUGAACGAUUUUUUAGGAAUAUUGGAAAACCGAUCGAUUGGUACAGUACCUACAAAAGCUUACAUAUUUUCAUGGAGACACUCGAAUGUCAAAGAGGCAGAAAAUAUUUUACACUGUAUAAAAAUUUGGUAGAUAAAAAUCUUAAAGUGCAAGAAAAACUAGAUGUCUAUGCUGAGAUUAAGGAAUACAUCAACGACCACGAUUGUCAGGACAGCGAUCUACUCAACACUUUAAUCAACAGGGCCUGUCAGUUGAUGGUUAGAGGAAUCGAAGACAAAUUUUUGAGGGGGUUGGAAAAAAGAAUAGAGGCGUGCGUGAUUCAUCACUUCAAGAUGGUUGAAUGCAAUGAGGAUGUAACAAAGCACAUGCUCAUGAUACAAGAACGAAAGAUGGAAGAGAAACUUACUUUCUGCACGAGAUGUCGCAAAUUCAAGACCAUAGACGGUUACAGAUUAACUGCCAGAACGGAGACGCUUCGAUUUUGCAACAAAUGCAAAUGGUUGGACAAGGUCGAAGAGCCUUGGAUUGAUUUGCUACCACAUCGUUUUAUCCUCAAACAACUCAGGAACUACGAAAGAUUGCAUCGAGCCGCUUCUUCUGUGGCGUUUAUUUUACAAGACGUAGAUAUACACCAUAUUGUCGUUAGGAUAUGGCAUGGGCAUUCCGCUUUAUCUGAAUGUAAUGAUAUUUAUCAGUUGAGGCUGGUACGUUGGAUACGAGAAGAAAACUGGUCACCGUGGAACUGCAUCCUUCUAACAGUGGACGAAAUGAAAGCUCACCUCAGAGUUGCCAAACUGGAGGACGUGUAUGAAGUGGAGUUCGUCAACCACGUAUUCAACAAGCACGCUUUGGCAAAGAUGCAUUUCCAUCAACUCAAAUCGUUGGACAAACGGUUUACGAAGUUGGUUAAAGGAGAUAUUAAGAUGGAUGAGAAUUCAGAGUACUACAAAGUACCUAGCAUGGAAUGUUUGAAAGAUAAAAGUGAAGACGAAGAAUAUGACUCUGAAGAUGAUGAAGAUGGCGGUCCUUGUAUACAUCCCGGUUGUGUUAUUGAUGAUAGUGAUCAUGUUCAUGAUGAUACAAAUGAACGAGGAGGUGAUCAUAGAAGUGAACGAGGAGGUGAUCAUAGAAGUGAACGAGGAGGUGAUCAUGUAAGUGAACGUGGAGGUGAUCAUAGAAAUGAACGAGGAGGUGAUCAUGGAAGUGACCGAGGAGGUGAUGGCGGUGCGGCAAUAACAGACAGCAAAGUUAAUGUAUGAAAUAAAUAUUAUUGAAUGAAAUUUAUUUUUAUUUCGUAGGCUACUUUUUUUAUUAUAUAAAUGCAUAUUUUCAGUCAUGAC